AUGAACGUAAGCCCAGUAAAUGUUUCCACUGUCAGCAGUGGGGACAUAGUGCGGCUAAGUGCCGCCAUCACAGAGAACUUCCCACCUGUUACAGGUUUGGCAACUACCACGAUUGAUUGUAUGGGAUACGGAAAUCCUGGACGGAGUACUGUAUUGACUUGUGAAAUAGCGGGCACUAUAGUUGCUGGAAUCCGUUGGCUUCGACCAAAUGGUGGAACACCAUUAACGGUGAUGGAAUGUAACAAAGCUAACACUCUGUGUUUGCCAACUGGUGGUGUAUCUGGCUACAGUGUUUCUCUUGACUCUUCCACACACCAGACUCUCACCAUAGAAUCGUUCAACCCUUCGGUAGAUGCUGGAGAAUGGAUUUGUCGGGAUGGAAUGACAGGAGCUGGCCAAUUUAGAUGUAACAAGAUGGCCUUAAGUGGUCCAGACUCUGUUACAUUCAGUCCACCACCACCUGGGUCUGUAGGAGAAGGAGACAGUCUGACUGUGACGUGUGCUGCUAGUUGUAAUCCACCAUGUUCCUAUUCCUGGACUCUGAAAAAUCAGCUGAUCUCACCAACUUCUCAGUUAAAACUGACAAAAAUCAACAGGAGUCAGACAGGGAAUGUGUACACGUGUAUAGCGACCAACUCACCUAUACCAAAAUCUAAAAGUAAACAGUUCACACUGACUGUGUACUAUGGACCAGACAGUGUCCAAAUGAACACCACUUCUCCACUGACAGUGAAGGAAGGUGACAAUGUAUCUGUGUCAUGUGCAGCGACUAACUGUUCUCCAUCCUGCUCUUUCACGUGGAAUUUUAAAUCUGAGAUAAAAUCAAACAGUUCUGUGCUGUCAUUAAAUAACAUACAUAGAUCAGCAGCUGGUGACUACACAUGUACUGCUAGGAACACAAACAUACCGAAAUCAUUAGACAAGAUCAUUUCUCUGGAUGUGCAGUAUCGAUCUUCAAUCACUUCUCUGACCUUGAACUCUCAGUCUACAAGUGUUACAGUUGAUGAGCUGACUGCUGUGACUCUGAGAUGUGAUGUUGACAGUAAUCCAGGAUCUCACAUCAAACUUUUGAACAACUCACAGACUCUGCAUGAAGUGACAAACUCUAAACAGACUGAGUACACGUGGAAGGAGGCUGGAUGUCUGGAUACAGGACACUACACGUGUGAAGCGGGAAACAACAUCAAGUCAGCUGUCAGUGAAAGUGUGCAGCUUGUUGUUAGAUGUUCACCAAGGUUAGACCAUCGAGUUCCAUUGCAGAAAGAGUUUGCAGCAGCAGUAGGUGAUAAUAUAACUCUGAAGAUAUCAGUGAUUGCCAAUCCAUCACCGACAUUCACCUGGUAUAAUCUGACUGAUGGAAACAAAAAUAGUCUUGGGCCUGGAAGUUCUGCUAUGACUGAUGUAUCUACUGUUGGGAAACUGACACUGACAAAUGUUCAGCAGGGAGAUAUUGGAACCUAUCAGGUUGUGGUGUCAAAUGGAGCUAAAAACACAGAUCUUGUGAAGAACCUGACACUUGAUGUAGCAGGUCCCCCGAGUAUUCCCAUGAAUGUCACAGUAUGGAGCAAUGGUCCACACUCUUUCUCAGUGUCUUGGAUAGAGGAAUUUAAUGGAGGAUCAAAUCAGACGUUCCUUUUACAAUACCGAGCAGACACAACAACACAGUGGACAAAUCUCACUGAAGAGUUUCCAGAGAAAGCUCUUCAUACAAACCACACAGCUGUCAUAUCAAAUCUUCAACCAGAGACGAGAUAUCUGGUGCGAGUUUUGGCUUAUAAUAAAUAUGGAUACAAAGGAUUUACAGAGGAAAAGGAAGCUUUGACUUUAGUUGCAGGAGAAGAGUCUAGCAAUACUGCUUUAAUAGGUAUUGCUGGAGGACUGACUGGAGGUGUGGUGAUCAUCGUUAUUGUCAUCGUGCUCGUGCUGCUUUUCAUCAGGCGAAGGAACCGAAACUCCACAACAUCUGAAAAGCCAAUAAUAGUUAUUGUACGAUGUCUCAUGAACAAUCUACCUCGCCGAAAAUGUUUCUUGUCUGUGACAGGUCCACACGAUAUCUGUCCUAAAUGUUCAUCUCCGUGUGAUUUGGAGAACAAGUGUGGUGUUUGUUCGGCCAUUACUGACCACCAGUUUGCCGACUAUUUGAAGAUUAUCGAGGUCACAGAAACAUACGGGCCGGCAUCAGAUUUGGGUCUCCAUGCUACAAUUGUAGACACCUUGAAGGGGAUGUUGCCGGAAUAA